AUGCCAAACACUGAAACUCUGCAAUGCGAGGGUCAAUUUCAGGGGUGCACGCAUUCCCGUACCCUGAAACGGACUGACGUAAGGUGCGUGGGACCCACCACCACUGGCGAAGGGAAUGAAUGGCGGCGCGUGGAGAAGCGCGUGGGUGAUGGGACAGAGGUGGGGUUUUUGUUUCGUUCCCACAUAGGAGGUAACAAGUGGGGAAGAGUGAGGAUGUUUUGUGGCAGGACCCUGGUUAUGAUUCUAGAGGAUGGUAUUGAAACAAGAGGCAGGGACAAAGGAAUGCUUGGUCUUUCCUUUUCCUCUCUGCAGCGUUUUCCAUUUUAUCAUGAAAUUGGGUGUUUCGUGCAGUGUAUGAAUCCCGAUACUGCAGACGCAAACCAAAAACAAGACACAGGGAACCCAGUUAGAAUGAUGACGUACGAAGAUAACUGUAAUCUGGUCGGGUCCUAA